UUCGCCGGGGAAGACACGGUCCGUCUAAUCCGGUUCCGCGAAGACGCCGGAGCGACGAACCAGAGCACUCGAAAUGACAAGCAUACCCUCGUCAUUUUCUGUAAUGCCUCUCAGUUGCCUUUUGUUUUUCCUAAUCCUCCUACCCUUUAAAGUAAAUUCACAAAUUCCAGAAAGCGAGCGGCUUGUCCUACUGAAAAUGAAAGAACAAUGGGGCAAUCCACUCUCACUCCAAGCAUGGAACUCCACAUCCCAGCCGUGCGAUUGGUGGGGGAUUUGGUGCGAAAGAGGGAGGGUCGUCGGAAUAGACCUCCGACAGAACAACAUCCCCGGAACAAUUCCGAUGAUGAUGUGUGAGCUCGAAAACCUCCGCUACAUCACGCUCUCUGACAAUAAAAUAGCAGGAAGAAUUCCUGAAAGUCUAAGUAAUUGUUCAGAGCUCGAAGAAUUGGACCUGACCAAGAAUUUCUUGACGGGUCCAAUCCCCAGCGGGUUGUUUCGUUUGAAGAGGUUACGUAGUUUGAUCCUUAAAGACAACAAGCUAUCUGGUGAGUUACCGAUACCCAUUGAACUUUUUAAUUUGGCUUCAUUGGAUCUUUCUCGUAACAAUUUGAGUGGAUUCAUUCCAAAAGAUUUUGGGAAAUUACACAGUCUUUCACUAUUGGAUUUGUCCAAUAAUUCUUUGAGCGGUUCAAUCCCAAAUGGGUUGUUUCUUUUGAAGAAUUUAAUUUCUGUAUCACUUGCUCAUAACAGUUUGUCAGGUGGCAUACCUACAUCCAUCGAUUCAUUAAUUUUAGAAGAAAUGAAUCUUUCACAUAAUCAUUUGAAAGGAUCUAUUCCGGAAGGUGUUGGAGAAUUACCCUCUUUGAGUAGUUUGGAUCUAUCUCAUAAUCAAUUAUCUGGAGAUAUAAUUUCAACUGUUACCCAUUUCAGGCCUAAUUUUAAUUCCAUAAAUUUAAGGCUUUGCUCUAACAAACUAUCCGGGAGAAUUCCAUAUGUGUUUGUGAGGCGGGCAUACAUAAGUAGUUGCUUUGAUUAUUCAAACCUGUGUUCUGCCAACAAAACUAGGGGUCUUCGAAGCUGCCCUUCCAAGCUGUGCUCUGAUAAAAAAUUUGAGGAAUUUCUAAGAUGCCCUAUCAAGAAACCCAAGUCCAAAAAGGACAUCAUAAUUCCUGCAACAAUUGGUGCCCUUCUUGGUGUUGGGUUUAUAGUUAUAAUCUAUCUCUGCUUGGCCAGAAAAUCCUGGAGCAAGAAGCAUGUGAGCCAUAUCGCAGAGUGGGAGAUGAUUUGUUUUAAGAAAUUGGAUUUCACAGAAUGGAGCAUUUUGUCGAGUUUGAGUGACAAUAAUUUAAUAGGAACUGGAGGGUCGGGGAAGGUCUACAGAAUUCCCCUUAAUCAAACUGGCAAAUAUGUUGCCGUCAAAUGGAUAUGGAAUGACAGAAAACCAGGCCACAGGCUCGAAAAGGAGUUUUUAGCGGAAAUUCAAACACUGGGAAGUAUAUGCCACGCCAAUAUAGUAAAGCUUUUGUGCUACAUUUCAAGCAAGAAUACGAAGCUUCUUGUGUAUGAGUACAUGGAGAAUCAAAGCCUUGAUAGAUGGCUGCAUGGGAGGAAGCUAGGUGGUGUAUCAUCAGAUGACAAUUCAGCUCAACGUGUUGUCUUAGAUUGGCCAACUAGGUUGCAGAUUGCCAUUAGAGUUGCACAAGGGCUCAGCUAUAUGCACCAUGACUGCUCUCCACCGAUCAUCCAUCGAGACAUAAAGUCCAGCAAUAUCCUUUUAGACUCUGAACUUUGUGCAAAAAUAUCAGACUUUGGACUGGCUAAGUUGUUGGCUAAGAAGGGAGAUCCUGAGACAGCAUCUGCAGUUGCUGGGACUUUUGGUUACAUUGCCCCAGAGUAUGCUCACACAGCUAAGGUGAAUGUGAAGAGUGACGUCUAUAGCUUUGGGGUGGUACUGCUGGAAUUGGCAACUGGAAGAGAAGCUGUCACCCAAGACGAUCAUAUAAACCUUGCAGAAUGGGCAUGGCGGCACUACACAGAAGAAAAUUCAAUUAUUGAUGCUCUUGAUGAGGAGAUCAAGGAAGCAUGUUUCUUGGAAGAAAUGAGUGCUGUGUUCAAUCUUGGGUUGUUAUGUACUGCAACAUCGCCUUCCAUCAGGCCUUCAAUGAGAGAAGUUUCACAAAUUCUUCACAACUGUGCCCUUAAUCGUUCUUGCUAAGGACUUAGAAAAAUUUUGCUCCUCUCUUUGAGAGUGAUGUUUUUUUUUUUUUUUCAGUUGGGAAGCAAGGCGUUGACUCCCUACUCAGUAGGGUAAUAAUAUAGCUCCUCAUGGUUCUGGUUUGUGAUGUUUCAAAUUAAAUGUGAAGGAGAUCCAUGGAUAGACAUAGUGCAGUUCGCAGCUUUGCCAUUGCUUUUACUUGUUUCCAUACAUCCGAGGAUUUCCCUUCAUCAUAGACCGUAAUGAGUAUCUUGAAGAAAACGUGAGCAGUAGGGAUUCGGAUUUUAUCAUAGCAAGGAUUACCUGCAGUUGUGAAGCCAAUUGAAAUCCUUUUCCAAUUACCUGGAGAUCAUCUCGAACAUUAGGUAAGAUAAUUCUACAUUGAUGGAGAAAUAUUCAAUAAAACCACUAUGCUUACUCCAAAUCAUAGCCUCACUGUGCAUCCACCAUUCCUAGGUUGCUACAAAAGAUUUCCGCAUGAACUUUGCCUAUAUGAGGGGAUGAGGUUUAGUUUCUCAUGAAUUUUUGGUUAUGCACCUAAUUAUUCU